AGUGGUCUGGCGUCGGCGCUGGAGUCGUACAGGGGCCGGGACCGCCUGAUCCGAACGCUGGGGUACUGCUGCCAGCUGGUGGGCGGGGUCCUGGUGGAACAAUCUGCCAGGUCAGAAGUGGGGACGCGCCUGCUGGCACUGUCUUCCCAAUUCAGCCAUUGCAGGACCAUCCUGCGACUCUUUGAUGAUGCGGCCAUGUUUGUCUACACUAAGCAGUACGGCCUGGGGGCAGAGGAAGAGGACAUCUUUGUGCGCUGUGUGUCUGUCCUGGGCAACCUGGCUGACCAGCUCUACUACCCCUGUGAGCACAUCGCCUGGGCUUCUGAUGCCAAAAUCCUCCACGUGGACUCUGCCCGGUGGUGGACACUGAGCACAGCCUUCUGGGGCCUCUCCCUGAUCCUGGGGAUUGCUAGGUCCUUGUGGAUAGUCCUGAAGCUGAGACAGAGGCUGAGGAGCCCCCCGGCGGCCUUCACCAGCCAGCGGCCUCGGGGCAAGCGGAGGACCGUGGAGGCCCAGAUCCGGUCGGAGGCGCUGGCCCUUCUGAGCAACCUGGCUGACCUGGCCAACGCGGUGCACUGGCUGCCCCCGGGUAUCCUGUGGGCCGGCCGCUUCCCGCCGUGGCUGGUGGGCCUCCUGGGCACCGUCUCCUCCCUCCUCAGCGUGUACCAGGCAGUCCAGACCAGUGGCCAGGCUGACGCUGCCUGCUGACGGGGCCUGGGGAGUCCUUAGACACAACCAGAACCCUGAUGGGGGCCCCUCCCCGCGGAGCAGCGAUCGCCCAGGAGGGGGCCAGUUCUCUAAUCAAGCAAAUCAAGGCCAGGUGCGGGGCGAUGCAGCCGAGGAUGCGCAGGGCAGCCGGGGGCACAGGGCGUGCCGGCGAGGUCCCCCAGACCCAGCUCUGUGGGGGAGGCUUCUCUUGAGCAGAGUGGUAAGGCCCCAAGACUGGCGUGCAGGGGAAAAGGCCGCUGCAGGCCAGAGGCCUGUAUUCUAACUGAGGCAAGCAGGGGAGCCGGGACAGCGUGAGGAAAGCUGAAAUGAGAAUCAAUUAAAUGCUGUGGUGCUGGUGCCCA